AGGGGGCUGUUUGGGGAGGAGCACAGAGAUCCGGAGUUGGAAAUCUGCUGGGAGCCGAGGCUGUAAUCCGGAAAGGGAGCUGUGGCCUGGGUGUUGGCCCCCAGUCCUUCAGGACAGUGCUGGCGGAAAGGUUGAACAUUUGGGGAGGGGGAAGGUGCAAAGUGAUGUGUCAGCAGAACGCUGAGAGUGGUUAAUAGGGGUGGGAAACCUUUGACAACCAGGCCUCUGAAUUAGGAAAGAGUUUCAUGUUCUGGGGACUGGUCGUCCACCAAGAGCUCUAGUAGCAGCCGUUUUCCGUCUUUCUGACUGUGGCUGUGUCUUCCUGACCAUGGCUCUGUGUCUAGGGGGUCCAAGCCUCUCCUGGAUUGCCAGUCUUUCCGUAGGUUGCGACACUACACCAAGCAAGAGAAGAGGAAGGAAAUUAACCCCAAUUGGUGAAGGUCGAUUUGAGGGUCUGCUGUAGCAGGUGGCACCACUUGAAGAGAGGGAGGAAGUUUCCUUGGAUCAGUAGAGAUCGCAAGGGUUGUUGGGCGUGGCACACCUCCAGGGAAGGGAAGAAGGGACAAACUGUCUGUCUGGAGGAGGUCCACCUCCAGUAUCAGCUAUUGUGUCCUUGAAGUGGCUGAAGACGAUCACCUUCCACAGCCUUGUACCCAGGCCCAUAGUGCUCCUCUCCCAGCCUGAGUGAAUACUCUGUUCCUUGGUCCCUGCUAUUGUCAGGGACGAUUGCAUGGGCUACGCCAGGAAAGUAGGCUGGGUGACUGCGGGACUAGUGAUUGGGGCUGGAGCCUGCUAUUGCAUUUAUAGACUGACCCGGGGAAGAAAACAGAACAAGGAGAAAAUGGCUGAGGGUGGGUCUGGGGAUGUGGAUGAUGUUGGGGACUGUCCUGGGGCCAGGUACAAUGACUGGUCUGAUGAUGAUGAUGACAACAGUGAAAACAAGGGUAUAGUGUGGUACCCACCUUGGGCCCGGAUUGGGACUGAGGCUGGAACCAGAGCAAGGGCCAGAGCAAGGGCCAGGGCUACUCGGGCUCGUCGGGCUGUUCAGAAACGGGCUUCCCCCAAUUCAGAUGAUACUAUUUUGUCCCCUCAAGAGCUGCAGAAAGUUCUUUGCUUGGUUGAGAUGUCUGAAAAGCCUUAUAUUCUUGAAGCAGCUUUAAUUGCUCUGGGUAACAACGCUGCUUAUGCAUUUAACAGAGAUAUUAUUCGUGAUCUAGGUGGUCUCCCAAUUGUUGCAAAGAUUCUCAAUACUCGGGAUCCCAUAGUUAAGGAAAAGGCUUUAAUUGUCCUGAAUAACUUGAGUGUGAAUGCUGAAAAUCAGCGCAGGCUUAAGAUAUACAUGAAUCAAGUGUGUGAUGACACAAUCACUUCUCGCUUGAACUCAUCGGUGCAGCUGGCUGGACUAAGAUUGCUCACAAAUAUGACUGUUACUAAUGAAUAUCAGCAUAUGCUUGCUAAUUCCAUUUCAGACUUUUUUCGUUUAUUUUCAGCAGGAAAUGAAGAAACCAAAUUUCAGGUUUUGAAACUCCUUUUGAAUUUGGCUGAAAAUCCAGCCAUGACUAGAGAACUGCUCAGGGCCCAAGUACCAUCUUCACUUGGUUCCCUCUUUAAUAAGAAGGAGAACAAAGAGGUUAUUCUUAAACUUCUGGUCAUAUUUGAGAACAUAAAUGACAAUUUUAAAUGGGAAAAAAAUGAAUCUGCUCAGAAUCAAUUCAGUGAAGGUUCACUUUUCUUCUUUUUAAAAGAAUUUCAAGUGUGUGCUGAUAAGAUUCUGGGGAUAGAAAGUCACCAUGAUUUUUUGGUGAAAGUAAAAGUUGGAAAAUUCAUGGCCAAACUGGCUGAGCAUAUGUUCCCAAAGAGCCAGGAAUAAAUUCUUAAUUUUGUAGUUUAGAAGUAACACACAUUGUAAACUAUUCCUUUUCUCCACCUUGUUUAUAUGGUAAAGGAAUCCUUUCAGCUGCCAAUUUUGAGUGAUGAAUAUCAUUGUAUAAUCAAUGCUGAUUUUUAUCUGAGCUGAUCUUCAGGUCUAAGCUGGAUGAAUGAAUAUCACUACCUGUUCUGAAAACAUGUUUGUUGCUUUUUAUCUCGCUGCCUAGAUUGAAAUAUUUUUACUAUUUCUUUUGCGUAAGUGACAGUGAACUAGUUUUUCAUAAGUAAGCUCCCUCCUGUCAUUUGCAUUAACUUGAUUUGUAUAUCAUCAAUAAAGUUGUGUAUUAAUGCUUAACAAAACAAGAAGAAAGAAAGAAACCAGCCUUGUCCUUUGGUUUAUAAUAUAGUUGGAGAGGUAAGAAAAAUACAAACAAAUAGAUAACAAUAUCUGGACCAUAUACUCAUUGUCAAAUGUGCAGUCUCAGAGCACUGAGGAAGCAAAGGCUUCUGUGGGAUACAGUAGUCAGCUACAGAUUCAUGGAAGAAGAGGCUAUUUAAAAUAAGUCCUGAAUGGUGUACGUAGUUAGGGCGUUCCAAGAGCUGGAGUGAGGGGGCACUAGGGUGAGAAAGGCAUGGAGGUAGGAACCCUUUUCCUAUGACAGUGAGGAUACUAGACUACUUAGAGUAGAGAGUGUGGGGAAUGGAAGUAAAUAAACUUGGAAAGCUGAACGAAGCCAGUUUGUGGAGAGUUGUUUGAAUAUUAUCCCACUGAACACCAAGAGUCAAAUAUUUUUGACUAGAAAGAACAAUUGGAAUUCAUAUAGAGAUUCCUCUCUCACCAACUGUGCAGCAUCUGCGAGAGUGUGGAUAAAUGGAUCCUAUCAAACUCUUGUGGUAGGAAUAAGUUUACACUGAGUUUGCCCAAGAUUUGUGGAGGGCCAUUUGGUAAUACAUAUAAGCCUUAAAGUUUGUUACUCUUUUGUCCUAAGGAAAUAAUUGAAUAAUUGGCUAAAGGCUUUAUGGACAAGGCUUUUCAUCCCAGCACUGUCCAAAACAGUAACAAUUGGAAACAACUAAGUGUCUAGCACACCAGAAUGGUGAAAUAAAUUCAGGAAUGUUCACACAGUAUAUAAGAUAAAUAUGUUGAUCCAAAUCCAUGUUGCCAGGAAAAGAUAUUCAUCCUGCAUUGUUAAAUGAGAAAGGUAGUUUAGAUAGCAGUAUUCAUAGAAUGAUUCCUUUUCCUUUUUGAAGAUAAUAAAACAUAUUUUAAAGUAAACACUAACAAUUAUGGAAUUACAGAUACCCCAAAAGUAACUGGCUAUAUUUGAGUGGAAGGAUAAUGAGUGAUCUUUUACUUUUUUAUUUUUUAUUCAUCUUUAUAUUUUUAUUUAUAUAAAAUGAGUAUUGUUUUUUUUGGAAAUUAUUGAAAAAGAAAGUGUUGGCAAUGAAGCAGGUGAUUGGAGCAUGUACUGAGUGGAAAAAAAGAAUUUAGAUUAAAAAUGAGAUGGCGUGAAGUUUCCUCUCUGAAAUGAUAGAUGAGUGAUGAAGAUGGGGCUUGUUAUGAGGAUUAAAUUAAAUACAUGCAAAAUACUUUGAAUGUUCUGGUACAGAGCAGUUAAUUAAGAAAAAUAAGCACUCUUAAUUCCCUAGAAUGCAGGGUUGAUAGUUUUUUGGGGUGGCCUUUGUUUUGUUGGGGGCAUUCUGCCAUGUGUCAGUGUCAUUUAAUAAAUAAGAACAACAAUAAAAGUUAGCAUUUAUUAAGUGA